UGACACCUCAGCUCCUUCUCGUAUUGGCACCACUUGUAAAGGGAGGCCCAUGUGGUGUGGGAAGAAGCGGGCCACACACUUCAGCACUUUAGAAAGUCUUCAGUUGAUCAUUUCUGCACUUGAAUGUUCGCCUAGUAAACGUCGUUAAGAUGUUGUUAGAAGCUCUGGAUGUUGACCAGACGGAGGUGUUGAAAGCCGCUGCCGCCUCUGUGCAGGUUCAAGUGGAGCCGGUGGGUCGAUGGUUCGAGGCCUAUGUGAAGAGAAGGAACAGAAAUGUGUCUGCCUCCUUCCAAGAGCUGGAGGAAGAGGAGGAGUCUGAGGAAGAGUCAGAGGAUGAAGAGUUUCAGCUGGAGGAGUACCCCAUGCUCAGAACACUUGAUCCAAAAGACUGGAAGAAUCAAGACCACUAUUCUGUCCUCGGACUCCCCCACUUGAGGUACAAAGCAACACAGAAGCAGAUCAAAGCUGCCCACAAGGCCAUCGUGCUGAAGCAUCAUCCGGACAAAAGAAAAGCUGCAGGAGAGCAGAUUGUAGAAGGAGACAAUGACUACUUUACCUGUAUAACUAAAGCUAUAGAAAUCCUGUCAGACCCUGUGAAGAGGAGAGCGUUUGACAGCGUAGAUCCCACUUUUGACAAUGCAGUGCCUUCAAAGAGCGAAGGCAAAGAAAACUUUUUUGAGGUGUUUUUUCCUGUCUUUGAGAGAAAUGCUAGAUGGUCUUCCAAAAAGCAUGUCCCAAAACUUGGAACGUUGGAAUCCUCUUUUGAAGAAGUGGAUAAUUUUUACUCCUUUUGGUACAACUUUGAUUCAUGGAGGGAAUUCUCAUAUUUGGAUGAAGAAGAAAAGGAAAAAGCUGAAUGUCGAGAUGAGAGGAGAUGGAUUGAAAAGCAAAACCGAGCUUCCAGAGCUCAGAGAAAGAAGGAGGAGAUGAACAGAAUACGAACACUAGUUGAUACCGCCUACAGCUGUGACCCUAGAAUAAAGAAAUUCAAAGAUGACGAAAAGGCCAGAAAAGAGUCGGAGAAGAAAGCCAAAGCUGAAGCCAAGAAGAGGGAACAGGAGGAGAAGGAGCGUGCUCGACAGGCAGAGCUUGAAGCUGCUCGUUUGGUGAAGGAGAAGGAAGAAGAGGAGGCAAAGCAGGCAGCUCAACUGGCCAAGAAGGAGAAGGAGAUCCAGAAGAAGGCCAUCAAGAAGGAGAGGCAAAAACUCAGGACCACCUGCAAGAACUGGAAUUAUUUUGCUGACAAUGAAGCGGACAGUGUGAAAAUGAUGGAGGAGGUGGAGAAGCUUUGUGAUCGUCUGGAGCUGACAAGUCUGCAGUCUUUGAAUGAAGUCCUGGCCUCAGGCUCCAAAGAGGAGAGUAAGGCAGCUGUGGAGAAGCAGGUGCAGGAGGUGAACGAUCAGCUGCAGAAGGAGAAGGAGGCUGAAGUCCAGGCCAGACAGGCGGCCCGCAGCGCCGAGCAGGCCAGCGGAGGCAGAGGAGGAGGAGGGAAGGGCUGGAACGAGGAAGACCUCCAGCUGCUCAUCAAGGCAGUCAAUCUGUUCCCCGCUGGGACUAACGCCAGAUGGGAAGUUAUUGCCAAUUACAUGAAUAUACACUCGACCAGCGGCAUGAAGAGAACGGCAAAAGACGUCAUCAACAAAGCCAAGAAUCUACAACGGCUUGACCCAGUACAGAAAGAUGAAAUCAACAGAAAAGCUUUUGAGAAGUUUAAGAAGGAGCAUGCUGCCGUGCCGCCGACCAUAGACAACGCAGUGCCAUCAGAGAGAUUUGAUGCCUCAGGUAGUGAUGGCAACGCUGCUCCCUGGACCACGGAGGAGCAGAAACUCCUGGAACAAGCGCUGAAGACUUACCCAGUCAGCACACCUGAGCGAUGGGAGAAAAUCGCUGCUUCCGUCCCCGGACGAAGCAAGAAAGAUUGUAUGAAGAGAUACAAGGAACUGGUGGAGAUGGUUAAAGCCAAGAAAGCUGCACAAGAACAAGUAGCAGCCAAGAGUAAAAAAUGACAAGAACCACGAAAACAAAUAGUAUCUGUGUUAUUUUAAAAUUAUUGUGUUGGUCUUUAUUUUAUAAGAAAAGAUUAAAGGCGGAAAAAUACUA